UUAAUAUUUUCCUCCCCAUUUCUGGAACAAAUAUGAUACUGCAAUUUCUUUUUUCUUUUUUGUUUUUGAAUUCCAAAUUCCUCUAACCUGGGAUUAUUGGCUACCCGUCUACAGAACCCGAAAAUAGGCUUUAUCAAGGGUUUAAGCACAUCUCUCUCACUCAAAACCAAAACCGCUGGGUUGUCGUCUUUCUGGUGAGCUCCGUCUUCGUCCAUGGAGCUUCUCAACUCUACAACCCUAAGCAGCUCACAAAUUUUCUCUGGGGUUUCAGUUUUUACUCCCAAAUUUCCUAUCACAACAUGGAGAAACAAAAAAUCACUUAGAUUCAACAGACCCAACUCCGAAAUCCCUCUUCUUCUCCCAUACUCAACAUCCAGAAAUUUCCGAAUUUCAGCUCAUUUCGGCCGACCCACGAAUCGCAGAAACUCGCUCAGAAAAAAGCUCACUGAACAACAACAGGUGCGUCCCAAUCCGGUAAUUUAUGACCCAAAUUCUGAUUUUCAAAACCCAGGUCAUAGUUUUGAUCAUGUCGAGAAUUUUCAAUAUAAAUCAGAUCAUGAUAGUGUAAAACAGGCUAAUUAUAGUUCUAAUUAUGGGGGUAUUGAAGAUGUAGUGAACAAAUUAAAAAUGGGUGAAUCUGUUCCAUUGAACGAAUUGGAAGGUUGGGCUCGUCAGUUUAUACAGGAUUCGGAGGAUUGGGGCAUUGGGUUUGGUCCUAUAUUUUAUAUUUUUCAAGAUUCACAUGGUAAUGUCAAAAGGGCUGUUGUUAAUGAGGACGAAAUCUUGAGAAGAAGAGGAAUCGAGCCUUCGUUGUAUAAGAAGAGUGAAUUUGAGGACUUAACAGAAGUGAAAUCAAAGAUCUCUCAUGCAAAAAAUUUAGCUAGAGAAAUAGAGAGUGGGACUAGCAUGCUUUCCAAGAAUAGUUCGGUGGCUAAGUAUGUAGUUUCAGAUGGACAAUCUGGUUUUGUUAAUGCAGUUCGGGAUGUUAGUGGUACUCUUCAGCAAGGUUUAUUUCCAAAGCUCUCGAGAAUUUGGAUAGUAGUGUUGUGCGGUUUUGUUAUGUUUUGGGCAACAAAGAGAUUGUUUACUGGUGGGAAAGAUAAGGCAGAGUACACGGGGUUGGAGAAAGAAAUGAUGAGGAGAAAACUAAAAUCAAGAAUGGAGAAAGAGAAGUUGGUGAAGGGCAGUGUGGAAGUUAUUCAGGGUUCUGUGGAACCACAGAUGGUGUCUGCUGACAGGCCUAAGCUUGAUAAGGAAGAACUUCAGAAUAGCAUUCUGGGAGCAAAUACAUCAGAUGAUAAAUUGGCAUCAGAUGAAUUUUCUAGUACUCGAACUACAGAAUCUAUGGAUUUCAAUAAUAAAGUUAAGGAAAUCAGAGCAAUGGCAAGGCGUGCACGUGAGAUCGAGAGGGGAGAUCCUUCACCAAGUGAUAACAAUGAAGAUGAUCAAACUGUGAGUGAGUUGUCCAAUGAAAAGGAUGUGGUCAAACAGCAUGGAGAAGAGGUUGUGAGUUCUCUGAAUGACAUUUCUAAUGGAUAUUCAGGCAAAACAAGAGGUCUUAAUGGGACCUCAGUGUCCACUUCUUUCAACAAUCCAAAAAGUGAUGAUAUUAGUGAAAUAGUAGAUAAUAGUAAUAUGCAAAAUUCUGAUACUUGUAGAGAGAAAGUUCCAAAUGAUAGUCAAAGCAUUACACAAGAUGUGAAAGAUAGAGAGAAUGAUCUAAAGCUAUCAGAGACAGUGAAAGUGAGCCAACCCUUUGAUACUCUUAACACUCAAUUAUGCAAGCCAAAGAAAAAUUCUGUAAGAAAACAAAGGGUCAUAUGUUUGGUUGAAGAAACUAAGAAGUUCCUCUCUCAAACGCAUGAGAAUCAAGAGCCAGAAGGAAAGGCCCAAUUUCGAACUGUGCAAGAAGAUGCCUCUAUUUCAAUUCUACCAACUGAGAAAGAGACGGAUCAUGACACAACCCAGAGAUUGGACAAGGAUGACAAAGUGUUUGACCCUUCCAAUCUGCAUGGGACAUCAGAUUUUACCCCUGCCACAAAUCUUUGUGAAGAUCCUACUCUUAAGAGAAAAGAAUCUGCUCCAACCCAAAAUAAUGAUAUCGAAGAUGCUGGUGCAGGAUACAGGGUGAUUAGUCUUUCUGAUAGUUCAAACAUGAAAGUUUCAAAUGAUGGUGAAAGCACUACACAAAAUGUGAAAGAUAGAGAGGGUGGUUUAAAUUUGUCAAAUAUGAUCAAAGUGAACCCAUCCUUUGAUACGGCUAACAGUCAAAAGCUGGGGAAAAGUUCCAUCAGAAGAAAACCAAGGAUCAUACGGUCAGUUAAGGAAGCUAGGAAGUUUCUCUCUCAAAAAAGCUACAAACGAGAACUGAACCAAGAAGCCCAAGUUAAAACCAUGCAAGAAGGUGACACUGUUUCAAGUCUACCAAAUGAAAAAGCGACAGAUGGAGACACAAGCCAGAUAUCAGCCAAGGAUGACAAAGUAUUUGACCCUUCCAAUUUAGCUGAGACAUCAGAUCUAACACCUGUUACAAAUGUUUGCGAGGAUUCUAGUCUGAAGGAAUAUGUUACGACCAAAAUUAAUGAUUUUGAAGCUGCUGAUGCAGAAUAUAGCGUGACUGAUCUUCAAAAGGCCAGAGCUGUAGGUCAUAAAGGCGAUUGUGGCAUUACAGAGAAUGAACACUCUGUUUUAGCAUUACCAAGAGAAAGAGACACAGUUAGCAACACAAUCCAGGAAAUGGACAAGGACAACAGACCGUUCCAACAUGCAAUUUUAGGUGGGCCAUUGAAUUCUAGAUCUGCUGCAAUUGCAUGCGGAGAUUCCAGUCUGAAGACAAAGGCAUCUACUUCGACCACGAACAGUGAUCCUGAAGAUGUUGAGGAAGGAUAUGAAAUGGUUGACCAUCAAAAUCCUGGAACUUCCUUAGAUCGUGAAAGCAAUGGCAAAAGUACUGAAACUGUACCAUCAGUGAGUGAGAACUGGAUUGAAAAAAAUUUCCACGACUUUGAGCCAGUAAUGAAGAAAAUUGGAGUUGGGUUUAGAGAUAAUUACAUGGUUGCAAGAGAUAAAGUUAAGCAAGAGUUGAACUUAAAUUCUGAGAUGAUACAGCCUAGGUUUGAUGAAGAUGAUGGCGAACUUGAGUGGAUGAAAGAUGAUAAGCUUAGAGAAAUAGUAUUUCAAGUCCGAGAAAAUGAGCUAGCGGGGCGUGAUCCAUUUUAUCUGAUCGAUGACGAAGAUAAACUUAUGUUCUUUGAGGGCCUUGAGAGGAAAGUUGAGAAAGAGAGUGACAAACUGUUGAAUCUGCAUGAAUGGCUCCAUUCUAACAUUGAAAACCUUGAUUAUGGAGCAGAUGGCAUUAGUGUGUAUGACUCACCAGAUAAAAUUAUACCCCGCUGGAAAGAUCCCCAGGUAUAUAAAAAUCUUGAGUUCCUCAAUAAUUCUGCGGAACAAAGGAAGGCUCCUGUCGCUGAAAACCUCAGCAAUUCAUACCUUGUUAGGGACAGCCAUGAUUCGCUUCAGAAAUCAAAAGAAUCUCCAAUCCAUGAAAAUAUUCCCACUACCUCAACGGUUUAUAAUCAAAAUACAAAAAUUCAGGAUGGAGAUUCAAGAAGUCCAAAGACAGUCAUAGAAUCCAGUGAUGGUUCUGUAAGAACUGGAAAAAAAUCAGGAAAAGAAUACUGGCAGCAUACAAAGAAAUGGUCCCGAGGGUUCCUGGAGUCUUAUAGUGCAGAGACGGACCCUGAAACUAAGGCUGUCAUGAAGGAUAUAGGGAAGGAUUUGGAUAGAUGGAUUACAGAGAAAGAAAUACAGGAAGCAGCUGAUCUGAUGACUAAACUACCUGAGAGGGGGAAAAAAUUCAUUGAACAGAAACUCAAUAAGGUCAAAAGAGAAAUGGAAUUGUUUGGCCCACAAGCUGUCAUGAGCAAGUACCAAGAAUAUGCAGAAGAAAAAGAAAAAGAUUAUUUGUGGUGGCUAGAUCUUCCCUUUGUACUGUGUAUCGAAUUAUACACGCAUGAAAAUGGGGAGCAGAAAACAGGUUUUUAUUCAUUAGAGAUGGCAAAAGAUCUUGAAUUGGAUCCAAAACCGUAUCACGUGAUUGCUUUUGAGGACCCUGGUGAUUCAAAAAAUCUUUGCUGUAUUAUACAGACUCAUAUGGAAGUGCUAGGAUACGGCAAUGCAUUUGUUGUCGCACGACUGCCAAAGGAUGCUUUCCGGGAAGCCAAAGCAAAUGGUUUUAGUGUAACAGUCAUCAGGAAAGGGGAGCUGCCACUUAAUGUGGACAAGACACUGGAAGAAGUGGAAGAACAAAUUAGUGAGAUUGGGAGCAAGAUAUACCAUGAUAAAAUCAUGCAGGAACGCUCGGUGGAUAUAAACACAUUAAUGAAGGGUGUAUUUGGUGCCAGAAAACCUACUAAAAGAAGAAAGUCAAAGCGGAAGCUGAAAAAGCCUACCAAGCCCUGAAUCAUACUACUUAAAGGUAGACUCGUUGGUUAACUUCUAUUGCAGGUGAUGCUUACAUCCUGUUCUUGGGAAACAUGGAUUGAAGAAAAUAGGCCAUUGAGGAGCUUCAUAUCCACAAGGUUUUAACAUUUUUGUAUUCCCUACUUCGGUGUUGGAGAUGCUGUUGAUGUUCACUUCCACAAGCAAAAGUGGCUGUAUAUUGAGGCGACUUAUCAACUUGCUGAAACUUCGUCAUCUCCUAGUCUCUUCUGCUAUAUCUAAUACUGCUAGUUGCUGACAAUUCUGUGCAUAUGAUAUGAUUGUGUGAAACAUAAAUGUAUGGAUCUUUUUUUGGUAUUUAGAGGAAUUUUUAGAUUGUCUGCCAA